GAUCCCCCUUUCGGCUUGUGCUGUGCUGCUUCUUCGUCUUCCUGAAGCUGAAGUUGUCUCAUAAAACUGAGGAAUGAAGGGUGGAACUUUACAAAUAAACUGGCACGAAACCAAACCAGUCCUAUCCCUUGAUUUCCACCCACUCACCGCCACUCUUGCCACCGGCGGCGCCGAUUUCGACAUCAAGCUUUGGUCUGUAAAACCUGCAGAGGCACAAAAGAAACUACCUGUAGUGUCAUAUCUGAAUAGCUUGUCUUACCAUAGUUCUGCAGUAAAUGUAAUUCGUUUCUCCUCUUCAGGGGAACUCUUGGCUUCUGGUGCUGAUGGAGGUGAUCUUAUAAUAUGGAAGUAUCAUCUGAUAGAUACAGAUCAAACAUGGAAGGUCCUCAAGAUGUUAAGGUCUCAUCACAAGGAUAUCCUGGAUCUUCAGUGGUCUCCUGAUGGCACAUUUUUAAUUUCUGGGUCAGUUGAUAAUACUUGCAUUAUAUGGGACAUUAACAAAGGCACCAAUCUUCAGGCGUUGGAAUCUCAUGCUCAUUAUGUUCAGGGAGUUGCAUGGGAUCCUCUAGGGCAAUAUGUUGCUUCUCUUAGUUCCGACAGAACUUGCCGAAUCUACAUUAAUAAACCUAGAAAAUCUAAAGGAAGUGGGAAAAUCAAUUUUGUCUGCCAGCAAGUUAUUUCCAAGGCAGUACAUCCAUUACUAGAUAAUUCUAAGUCAACAAAUUAUCAUCUUUUCCAUGAUGAGACGCUGCCAUCUUUUUUCAGGAGACCAGCCUGGUCUCCUGAUGGCUCGUUUCUUGUUGUGCCUGCAGGCUCAUACAAAGCUACUUCUGGAUCUGAAUCUGUAAAUGCAGCUUACAUAUUUUCUAGAAAGGACCUUUCUCGGCCUGCCAUACAGCUUCCUUGUGCAAACAAAGCUGUGGUUGCUGUCCGAUUCUGUCCUGUUAAUUUCAGCCUUCGGGGAACAAAUUCAGCUGAGUUGUUUAAACUUCCCUAUCGCCUCAUUUUUGCGGUGGCCACUUUGAAUUCAUUGUACAUUUAUGACACUGAGAACAAUCCUCCCAUAGCUAUAAUGGCUGGUCUCCACUAUGCUGCAAUAACAGACAUUGCAUGGUCACCUGAUGCUCAUUAUUUGGCAUUGUCCUCUCAAGAUGGUUUCUGCACUUUGGUGGAAUUUGAAAAUAAUGAAUUAGGAACACCUAUCUCUUCAUCAGGAGAAAAGAAAGUUUCUGGCAAGGAUAAUACACAGCCGAAGACAUCUGACAAUUUGGUCAUUGAAGCUACCGGGAAUAUUAGUACAGCUGAAGAAGAAAGCAUGAAAAAUGAAGCCAGAGGAAAGGCUGAUAACAUGAUCAUUGAACCAACUAGCAACGUUGGUGUAAUUAAUGAACAAAUCAGGAAAGCUGAAGCAGAAGAGCAACGAGAUGAGAGGGUCACAGAAGUAACUGGGAAUGUUGGGGUAGUUGUAGCAGAAAGUAGUAAAAUGGAAGCACAAGAGAAGGCCGACUACAUGGUCAUUGAGAAAACCAGCAAUGUUAGUGGAGUUGAGGCAGCUGGCAGGGAAAACGAGGCCCAAGGGAAGGCUGAUGACAUGGUCAUUGAGGAAACUAGCAAUGUUGGUGGAGUUGUGACAGCAAGCCAGGAAAGUGCAGCAGGAGAGAAAGCUGUCUUGGUCAUUGAAGAAACUGGAAAUGAUGGCGCAGUUGUGGUGGAUAUCAGUAAUAGUGAAGCAGAGAAACAACCAGUAAGUUCAGAUAGUGUGAAAUCGGAUGAACAAAAGAAGACAGAGAAACAAACAUCUAGUUUAGAUAGGAGGGAAGCAGAAGAAAGAGUAGCAUGUAGUUCAAGAGGAACAACGACAACAUCAAAUAAGACAGGCAAAAAGCGUAUAACUCCCAUUGCCAUUGAUCCAUGAGAGAAACACAGGCAU